AUGGUCUCGUUCAACUGCGAUGCGUGCGGCGAUGUGGUCAAGAAGCCCAAGCUGCUUCAGCACUACAACCGCUGUUACGCCCCCGUCACCUGCCUCGAUUGCUCGAUGCAAUUCAACUCGCCGAACGAGUUCAAGUCGCACAACAGCUGCAUCUCCGAGGCGGAAAAAUACCAGAAGACUGUCUACAAGGGUCCCGGCGGCGCAAAGGGGGCGCAGCAACGCCAGCUGAGCAGCAACGCUGCCUCGUCACCUGGCAAGCCGUCGCAGCACGAGACCAGCAACGUCGCCACUGCGCCUUCGAGGAGGUCGGGUGAGGAGGCUGAGGACGCGACUGCAGCCUCGACCAGCGAAUCUCCGAGCAAGAAGGACAAGAAGGACAAGAGGAAGAGAGACGACGCCGCUGGAGUGGCGGAAUCAGAGGCCGCCACGGAGCCCAAGGUCGACGACGAUCGAGAAGUUAAGAAGGCCAAGAAGGCCGAGGAGAAGGGCAAGAAGGGCAAGAAGGGCAAGAAGGACAAGAAGGACAAGCAGAAGGACAAGAAGGACAAGAAGAAGGAUAAAGAGGUCGCGGCCGCCACAGGCACCAGUGGCGACGACCGCUUUGAUCUCUCAAAGUUUGAGAAACCCACGCCCGCCAAGGUGCUAGCCGGCCCGGCCUCGGAUGCAGGCGGUGAUGCCGGAGGCGAUGACGACGACGACGACGAAGGCGAGCACGAGCAGGAUGACCCGAUGGACGAGGACAAGGUCAUCAAGCCGCUCAAUGCCGAAGAGCUCGAGGCGUUCAAGAAGAAGCAGCGCAAGCUCGGCAUCAUCUACAUCUCUCGCAUCCCUCCGGGCAUGACGCCUGCCAAGGUGCGACACAUCCUCAGCAACUUUGGCGAGGUCGGGAGGAUGUACCUCAAGGAUGGCAACCAGAAGCCGGGAGAAUACGGAAAGUCCAAGAAGAGGUCGUCUGCCUUCUACACCGAAGGCUGGGUCGAGUUCCUGUCCAAGAAGGUGGCCAAGGCCACGGCCGAGAUGCUCAAUGCGCAGCCCAUCGGCGCGCUGGCGGCGUCAAAGAGCAAGAACGGCGGCCUGCUCGCGGGCGGCGUCAAGGCGGGCAAGAACACCAAGCGCUUCCAGGACGAGGUGUGGACCAUGAAGUACCUCAAGGGCUUCAAGUGGCACAUGCUGAGCGAGCAGAUGGCCCAGGAGCGCGCCUCGCUCACAGCCCGGAUGCGCACAGAAAUGUCGCAGUCGGCCUAUGAGCAGAACGACUACCUGCGCAAGGUCGAGCGCGCCAAGAUGCAAAAGUAUAAGGCCGACAAGAAGCGCAAGCGCGCCGAGGAAAAGGGAGAGGCGCUUCCCGCCGACACGGCGCCCGAAAAGGGCUUCAAGACGUUCAAGCAGAAGCAGCCCGUGGUCAAGGACGUCCGCGACCAGCGCGAGGCCGAGGCGUGA